AUGUCUCCGAAACGCUUUCCGGCCUACCAGGAUAUCGACGGGGUGAAGUACGCUUUAGGGUACAGGGCUGUCGAUAUCCGCGAGGCCCUCAGCUACAUGCCCCGAGAUGGUGACAUCGUCAUGGUAUCGCACCUGAAAUGCGGUAACAACUGGCUGGAACAGAUAAUGCAACUCAUCCUUUACAAAGGACAGUCCGCCAAAACCAUGAGCGAGUUCCACCAACGAACGCCCUACCUUGAACUGGUUGGCACGAGUCAGCUGGAAGCCAUGCCGCCUCCUCGUUUCUAUAAGACGCACUUCCCUUACGAGCUGCAGCCCAUCAACUCCGAGGCUAAAUACGUGUACAUAACCAGAAAUCCACUCGACGUCUGCGUUUCGUUCUACCAUUACACAUGCCUCAUGCCGAUUUACAAGUUUGACGGCGGUGCCUUUGACGACUUCUUUGAGCUUUUUGUGACUGGCCAGACCGACCACGGGGACAUCAUCGACCAUCUAGUGUCCUGGUACAAACACAAGGACGACAACAAUGUCUUAAUCCUCACGUACGAGGACCUCAAGAGGGACUUCAGAAACACCGUCUUGAGACUCGCUUUCUUUCUUGGAGAGGAGUACGCGAGGUCGCUGGAACGCGAUGAAGAACUGUAUCAGGGGAUUGUGGAGCAGAGUAGCAUCUCGUUUAUGAGCAAGUUUCUUUUCCUCAAGGAUGACAAGCUGAAAUCGACAGGGGUACGCGGUGAGGAUCCGUAUUCGAAAGCUGUAAGAAGGUUUUUGUGCGACGAGCCUGGACAGUCGCGUCGCAUUGAACUUGUGAGGAAGGGUGCGGUUGGUGACUGGAAAACGCUUUUCAAGCGACAGCAUCUCGAUCGUCUACGGCGUAGGAUCCAAGAAAAAGGGGCCGCUCACAUUCUUCAGGACCUGUGGAAGGCUGAAGAUUUGGGAGGACUGAUUUAG